AUCAUCGAAAGGGCCUUCUGUUCUCCCUCCCUCCCUCGCUCCCUCCCUUUCUCCUCUCUCUUCCCUUUCCCUGCCUCCUCCCUCCUCAGCCCCGCUGGCAAGAGUGCAAGCUGCGCCGGUGCUCAUCGCUCUUUGUCGUCAGCGUCGCUCAAGUAUUCGGCGCCUGCCAGAGUUGAUCGCCCAGCUUCACGGGUUGCUCCGAUGCCCACGAUGCGCGGGUGGCUCGUUGUCGCCUGCGUGCCCACCGCCUUUGCUCAGCUCGUGUUCUGGCCAUACGAGCAGCUGAAGGCCGAGGCGAAGGCCUCCUCCGCCGAGCUGGAGAGGGAGACGGACGCCCCCGAGGGGUUCGUGAGCCCGACCUUGUGCGACCCGAGCGUGAACCAGACCGCGGGGUAUCUCAGCGCUGGCCCGCUCGCCACCAAAUACUUCUUCUGGCUCUUCGAGUCCAAGAGCGAUCCCGUCAAAGAUCCGCUCAUUAUCUGGCUCUCCGGAGGUCCUGGCUGCUCCUCCCAGCUCGCCCUCUUCGCGGAGAACGGGCCGUGCAAGGUGUCGAAGGAUGGCAAGCGCACGACGGCCAACCCGUACUCCUGGCACAGCAAGGCCAACGUGAUGUGGGUAGACCAGCCCGCUGGGGUGGGCUUCUCCACCAGCAUAGGCACCCACGAUGAAGACGGCGUCGCAAACAACAUGUACACGUUCCUGCAGAACUUCUACAAGCAGUUCCCGCGGUACAUGGGCAACCAGUUCUACCUUUUCGGGGAGUCGUACGCUGGGCACUACGUCCCGGCCAUCUCCCACCGAGUCUGGCGGGGCAACAAGGCAGGGGAGGGCGUCAAGAUCCCUCUGGCAGGCCUGGUGGGAUCGUGGCCCUGGCCCCACAGGGAGCUCCACCGAAGCUAG